UUAUUUGUUGAGGUUGUAUUGUGGCUUGUCAGUGUUUGUGUAUGGUUUGUGUUUAUUUCAUUUUCUAGGUUAUGUUUUGAAAAUAUAUGUUGUGUAUUGUUACUUCAAGCAAGUUUCACAGCCACAAUGGUGUAUUAUAUAACGGGUUCUAAUUUAUUUGGACAGUGGCUUUGUGAGGAUGCAGUAAUAAAUAAAUUUAGAAUAUUUAAUGCACCUAAACAUGACGAUUCAGGAAUUAGUUUGAACGGGGCUUCUCUUGUACAGAUCAACUGGUCGUAUAACAUAUUUAAAAUAGCCGGAAGUUUUUAUAUAACAGGAGCCUGGGGAGGGAAAGAACAACAGCUCAUUAAAUUAUCACUACCAGCAGAGUUCACUGAUUUAAAGGUGGAAUUAAAUGCAGUUGGCAAUGAUUAUAAAUUAUUACUGAUUGGUAAGAAUACUGAUUCAAUUUGGGCUAUGGAUCGGGAAAAACGAGAAACUAAGAGAAUUAGAUUUUGUGCUGAGACACCUCUUGAAGAAAUUGUGAAGAAGCAGAAGAUAGAAACAAAUAUUAUAAAAAGUGUUUUCAUGAAUGAUUGUUGUUUGCAUUUGACCUCUGACGGGAAUGUGUACAGUGGUAUAUUGCCAAGCUAUGUGGACACUAGGAAUUGUAGUGGACAAGUUAUCGAUAUUCGAUGUGGCUAUGAACAUUUUGUAUUAUUAACUGAAGAAGGCAGAGUUUACACUUGGGGUAAUGGAAGGAGAUUGCAGUUAGGCCAUGGUGAUAUAAGUAGCCAAGAAGUGCCCACAGAAGUAGAAGCACUUGCGGGAAUUAGAAUAAUAAAAAUUUGUGCUGGAGGUUGGCACUCUUUGGCGCUCAGCACAUUUGGCGAUGUCUACGCCUGGGGCUGGAAUGACACUGGCCAAUUAGGAAUAAAUAAUGAUAAGGGGAAUAGUAAUGAAAGUUAUUCUAUUCCAACUCUGAUCGACUUAUUUGAUGAGCAAAAUGCAGGGGUCACAAAAAAUGUAAAGCAUAUAGCUUGUGGCUCUCGGCAUUCAGCUAUAUUAUUAGAUGAUAAUACGGUAUGGACAACAGGAUGCAAUAAAUAUGGGCAGUUGGGCCUUUCAGAAGAGAAGUAUCCUUCACUGAAUUAUUUUAAAAAGGUCUUCCACUGUGAUAACGAAUGUGAACUACUAUGUGGGCUAUGGAGUACUGUGAUAGCUAGUUAACUCAUAAAUGUUUUACCUCUGUAAGUAAAUAAAUAAAAUGUAAAAUACUUUUUA